AUGUCGACUCAAGCCCACACCAGGAUCCCGACUCCGGUCCAAAUCGGGAUCUCGGCUCCAGCCCGCACCGCGAUCUCGACUCCAGCCCACACCGGGAUCUCGACUCCAGCCCACAACGGGAUCUCGACUCCAGCCCACACCUGGAUCUCGACUCCAGCCCACACCGGGAUCUCGACUCCAGCCCACACCAGGAUCUCGACUCCAGCCCACACCAGGAUCCCACCUCCAGCCCACAGCGAGAUCUCGACUCCAGCCCACACCAGGAUCCCACAUUCGGCCCGCGCCGGGAUCUCGACUCCAACCCGCACCGGGAUCUCGACUCCAGCCUACACCGGGAUCACGACUCCAGCCCAAACCGGGAUCACGACUCCGUCCCACACCGGGAUCUCAACUCCAGCCCAAACCGGGAUCACGACUCCGGCCCACACCAGGAUCUCAACUCCAGCCCAAACCGGGAUCAUGACUCCAGCCCACACCGGGAUCUCUAAUCCAGCCCACACCGGGAUUUCGACUCCAGCCCACACCUGGAUCUCAUCUCCAGCCCAAUCCGGGAUCCCGACUCCGGCCCACACCAGGAACUUGACUCCAGCCCACACCGGGAUCUCAAAUCCAGCCCGCACCGGGAUCUCAUCUCCAGCCCAAACCGGGAUCUCGACUCCAGCCCACACCGGGAUGUAA